AUGGAGCGCCUCAUCAAGCAUUUUAUCACUCGUAACCCACCAGAACCGCACCAGCAUCAUCCUCAUCAUCCUACUUCUCGAUCUUAUCAUCGAUUUAAUGAACAAGAAGAAGAAGAAGAAGAAAGAAGGGGAUACGGUAAUAACGAUUCACAGGAACAUCGAGGACGAGGACAGCGACGCGUUUCUACUAUCGCAGCAAGAGACCAAGAUCCCGAAGAAAGCAGCGAGCAAGAAGAUACACAGUCAAGUACAGAUGAAGAGAUGGAUUUUACUAUGCCGCGAAGACGUCGAUGGCGGCACGCAAGGAGACUUGGCCACCGCCCUCAUCAUCAACACCAUCAAUAUGUAGUACGUACUAGUGGAGAAAGACGGUCUGGUUACCCAAUGUCCCGCUACCCUUAUCUACACCCUCAUCAAUACUGGAUGCCCACUGUUCCCUAUACCCAUCAAGUCGGAUAUUCUGGUGUGCUAAUCAAUGCUAGAGCCCCGCUGGUUCCGGUGACCUUCGCUCCUCCAUUUCUUCCGUCACCACCACAACAUCAUCAGCAUCCAUUACAUUCACCCUAUUGGUUUGGUCCUAGUCCUCCUCCACUUCCCAUAAACCGCUCUCCACCCUUAAGAUUGUAGU